ACUUCACUCGCUGGUCUAACACAGAGAGACACCGAGCGGCAGCACCUUCGGUUCGGAAAAAAUGACUAAGAGAACGAAGAAGGCAGGCAUUGUAGGAAAAUAUGGUACCCGAUAUGGUGCCAGUCUGCGGAAGCAGAUUAAGAAGAUGGAAGUCAGUCAACAUAGCAAGUUUUUUUGUGAAUUUUGUGGAAAGUAUGCUGUGAAAAGGAAGGCCGUAGGAAUAUGGGGGUGCAAGGAUUGUGGUAAAGUAAAAGCAGGCGGUGCCUACACUUUGAAUACUGCGAGUGCUGUCACUGUGCGGAGCACCAUUCGGAGGUUGAGAGAACAGACUGAGGGUUAAGCAUUUUGGUUGAUGUAAGAUUUUGAGCAAAUUAACUUGAGAAAUGAGUCGGUUACGUUUAGAGAGCCGUU